CUUUAGUUCUUUCUCUCCACAACAAAUCAUGAUGUUACCUUUUGUUGGACAAGUCUUUGAAACGUGGGAUGAUGUAGAUAAAUAUUUUAAUGAUUACACCUGGCAAAAAAAUUUUGUAGUUAUUAAAAUUAGAAAUGAUCGGGACCUCCCACCAGAGCAGACUUGUAGGCAACGUACUUUCGCAUGUGAUCAUCAGGGCACUUAUGGACCUAAGAAGUCUGUAAUCCUAGAAAAUCAACGAAAUAGUAGAUCGAAACGGUCUGGCUGUUCUUGGCACGUUAAUGUAACCUUUCCAAAGAAAGCUGCAAUUAUUAGUGUGAAAUCAUUAAAUCUUGACCACAAUUACCUACUCAAUCCUACGACUAAUUUAUAUGUCGCAAAAAAUCGAACCUUACCUGAAGCCGUUGUACGAGAAAUUUGCUUUUACACAGUUGAAGGAAACCUUAAUGCAACAUUGAGUGGUGCUUCUGCCAAAUGUUUUCCUGAAAUUGAUCGUAUUCUCAAAGAAUAUCUUACUGAAGAAAUGCUUUCCCGGCAAAGACAUGAAGUCAUACAAUCACUCUAUUAUUAUACAAUAAUGGAAAACGAUAAAUUACCUAAUGACAAACUUAUUGAGAAAGG